UUUGUUUACAUUCUCUAGGCAAAUCCGUCUUGCUAGGCCGUAUUAAUUGUAGAUAUUGUAUAGAUUUUUUAAUUAUUUUUUUGGUUAAAACAGUAAUAAGAAACAUUAAUUUUGAUCAUUAAUCAAGUGCACUAGAAAAACUUAAAUCCUAUGCUUACUUCCUGCCAAUCACAAUGAGAAUAAAUGAGCAUAUAAAAAUCCUGGGCAAACGUGUUAUUCUUGUUCCAUAUGAGGCGAAACAUGUACCCAAAUAUCACGAAUGGAUGCAAUCUAAAGAACUACAAGAGCUAACAGCUUCUGAACCCCUAUCGUUAGAGGAGGAAUAUGAAAUGCAACGAAGCUGGCGGGAAGACGAAGACAAGUGCACAUUUUUGAUACUAUGUCGAACAACCUAUGAUCAAACUCAGGAUGAAAUUCUAUCUUUAGUUGGUGAUACGAAUCUAUUUUUAUCGCUUGAUGAGGAAACAAGCGAAAAAAUUGCCGAAACAGAAAUAAUGAUAGCCGAAGCAAAAGCCAGAGGUAAAGGUUAUGGAUGGGAGGCCAUGUUGCUCAUGAUGAAAUAUGCCCAGGAAAAUUUGUCCAUUGGGAAAUUUGAAGCAAAAAUUGGCAUGGAAAAUGCGAAAUCAAUAAAAAUGUUUGAGAAAAUGCAUUUUAAAGAAGUUCGAAGGGUGGAUGUCUUUAAGGAGAUAACCUAUGAAAGAAUUGUUGACAAGUCAUGGCUGGAGUGGUUGAACAAGGAAGUUAAUUUACAAAUAGAAGUGUAUUAGAGAUCAGCGGCUGAAUUUGGACAAUUUUUUUAAACAAAAUUCUGUUGACAAGAAUAAAAACUAGAAAUUUUUUUAA